UCGAGAAUGCACUUUUAAUGUUACAAGCGGAUUUAACCUUUGACCUAAAAUAUCACAUGAUCGACCCAGUCAACAUGGUGGAUACUUGGUUGUCGACUGGAGGUCAGACUAUUUAAAGAUAAAAACGUUAUUGUUUCAUGGUGGUCGCAUGUAAUCAGGCAGUAGUAAGAAUGUAACAUCUACACACAGAAUUAGGUUUCAGCAACAAAGUGAGGUAUUCUUGUUGCUGUUCACUGAAUACAACUUGUGAAACGACUGUUUGAGGAGAAUGAGCAUUGGUAUUGUGGGGCGUUUCCUCUCGAAUGUGAAGGGCCUGUACAAUGAGAUCAACUCGGCCACGCUGACCGGGGCUAUCGAUGUGAUCAUCGUCCAACAGUGCGACGGCUCCUUCCAGUCGUCUCCCUUUCACGUCCGCUUCGGCAAGAUGGGCGUCAUCAGGGCCAGACAGAAAGUGGUUGAUAUUGAAAUCAAUGGUGAACCUGUCGACUUACAGAUGAAACUAGGAGAGGCUGGGGAGGCUUUCUUUGUGGAAGAGAUUGUCGAAUCUUUUGAGGAAGUCCCACCAUACCUAGCUACAUCUCCUAUUCCAUCCACGUCUGUGCUGAUGAAGGAAGGUCUCACCAUGCAACAGUCGGACAGGUCAAAGGUCGAACAAUGGCAGCAGACGUCGCUCAAAGAACUGAUCAAAGACGGACAGUCACAUGACUCCGACAAAUACAACAUCAUUCAGAACAUUCUGCACAAAGACCUAAAGAGCGACAGUUCUCACGAUGAACUCUCCCAGGUGAAAGGGGUUGUACCACGUAGGAAAGUGUUCAAGAAGAAGAAGCAGAAAUCGGGUAAAUCAUCGCCGAGGGUUUUACAGGUCCAGAGUGCCGAGAACGACAGUAUAUUUGAACUCGAGGUUUCGCACUCGUCCGAGGAGGAGUUGGAAGCCCAUCUGUCUAAGAGCGCCAGUAUGCCGCUGACGGAGAUUCAACUCUUGCCUGAUGAGUGGACUCACCCGAAAAUGGCAAGCUUGCGGCGAAACGCAACGUACGACAACUUUCUUCACCCUCUGAGUGAACCUGAAGUGGAGAUCAGUCCACCAAUCAGCCCGCUGCCGACACGCCCCCCUUCACCUAAGAGUGACACAGAGGUGGAUUUACAGCACACAGAGGAUUCGAAGAUAAUGAUGUUAAUGGAGGACAGUGCCACAUGGGAAUGGGGUUCCUUUCCCACCAAGCCACCGUCCGAAGCCAAUGACAGUCUGGAUGUCAUCGACAACGCCAGUGUCAUGCGGAAAGACACGUCUCUUGAACAGAAGGUGGAUUUUUUGAAAGAGAAAGACAAAGGAAUCUACCUAACAGAACUUGAAGAUCCAGAAAUUGCUAAAAUCUAUCUGGGAGACCGCAGAGAGUUCAAAGAGGAUGACUCGGAGUCAGGGCGUGGGGCGUCCUUGCCUCAGUCUCCUCACUCGGUGGAAGGAGCCAUAGGAGGGCCACCUGUCAACUUUCUCGAGUCUGAAGUCCGCCACCUGGGCCGUGUGUCGCUGUCUCUGUGUGGGGGGCUGUCAGACCCACACGGGAUCAGUCUCAACACCUUCAUGCAGAAAGUCGUCACCUUCGACGACAUCUCCGAGAAUCCAAACAUGAUCAACAAUCCCGAUCUCGUCGUUAAGAUUUUAGACAAAUACUACAACUGGUCGACAGCAGCUCCCAUGAUUUUAUCACAGAUGGUUUUCCACAAAGAUCUACCCGAGAAAACCAGCCAGAUGCUGGUAAAAGAACACAUGCCUAAGAAGGAGAAGAAGAAAACGGGUGGAGUUACAUCCUGGUUCUCAUGGAGAAGAAACAAUCCUGACAGUACAGCCGACCCAGAGGUUUCCAUGGGAACAACAAACACAACCAAUUCCAGCGUACAGUCAGUAUUGAGUGACUCAGAAACAGUCACAGCCAAAUCGAAUGAUGCUAAUUUUGAAGAAAGUACCCACUCGAGUGCUCCAACCAGUUUGACCAGUACUCCAAAGAAAAUGAAAGCUCCUUACACAAGCAGGACACGAGAUACAGAUGUGAUCUCGAGUGAACCGGAUACUGACCAAUCAGAACGCGAGGCUGUAUCCCCCAGCACAUCGGACAGCAUCAAAAUUGACAUAACAGACGAGAAUGGGAUCAAGGCGGAAAAAUACAAGAAGACGCUACGACUUUCAUCACAUCAAAUUGCCAAGCUAAACCUGCGAGAAGGUCAGAACGAGAUCUCGUUCUCGGUGACGACCCAGUAUCAGGGCACGACGCGGUGCUACUCGCACAUCUACCUCUGGAAAUACAAUGACCUCAUCGUCAUCUCCGACAUCGACGGCACAAUAACUAAGUCGGACGUACUAGGUCAGAUUCUUCCCAUCAUCGGACGUGACUGGUCUCAAUCGGGUGUCGCCGAGUUGUUUACGCGUAUACGUGAAAACGGUUACAAGCUGCUGUAUCUGUCCUCUCGUGCGAUUGGUCAGUCUAACAGCACGAAGAACAUGUUGAGAGGAAUCAAACAGGGCGACUUGGCCCUACCAGAAGGUCCACUUUUGCUGAAUCCCACGUCACUCAUUAGUGCAUUUCACAGAGAGGUGAUCACAAGAAAACCUGAAGUGUUUAAAAUCAGCUGUUUGAAAGACAUUUCAGACUUGUUCCCUCGGUGUCCAUUCUACUCCGGUUUUGGUAAUAAAAUCAAUGAUGUUUUGGCUUACAAAGCCUUGAAUAUUCCGAUGUUCCGAAUCUUCACGAUUAACCACAAGGGCCAGCUGCGGCACGAGCUGUCACAUACCUUCCAGUCUUCGUACAGCAAGAUGAGUGAUGUGGUAGAUCACUUCUUCCCGCCCAUGGAGCGGUGUGCUCAUGCAAAUGACUUCAGUUCCGUCAAAUAUUGGCGACAGCCGUUCCCCUGCAUUAUUGAGGUUGACAAGGAAGUCGGUGACGAAACCGCUGAAGCAAAAAGCACAACAACAACAACUGUCGACAAAACAUGACUCGACCAUCCCUCGGCGAAUUGUAACAACGAAUAACUGUGAACAGGUCGAAUCUUCCAGUAAUGUUGACCAAACCAGUGUUGUGCAGCAAUAUAGACGGCAUUUGUUUGUUGUCAUUUCCAUUUCUUUCUUAAAGUUAAAUCAUAUGAGGUUAGUGUUGGUGGUAGGGAGGGGAGGUCUGAAAGUGUGUUUAAUCCUCCCAUAGAUGGGGGUGUGUGUGGGGGGUAGUACAUUAGGUGAUGGUAAAAAUCUGACAAAUUAAAUGGUGAAAAUUAAUCCAUCUUUGUGGUUUUCAGAAAUAUAUGGCAACCCUCUCCCUCUAAGAAAUAAUAUUGCUAAGUCUUGUGUUAAUGCAAUAAUUUAAGUGAUUAAAAAUGGUAGAUUUACCAUGGAGUGGUAAUAAUUGAAGCCAGCAUGGUUCUAUAGCUUGAAGCACUCAAAAGUUAAAGCCUAUAAUUUCACAAAACAUCUUAAGCCUAGUUUUGCACGUAAACGUAAAUCUACGACUAAACCUCACUUUUUAUUACUAUAUCUAGUUAAAAGUACACAUAUUUCAUUUUAUUUUGUCCUUAAAAUGCUCUAUCUUCUGUAGUCACAGUUUAAACUUAAGAUGUUUUGUGAAAUGGGCCCCUGAUUUUUAAACUUUGUACUUUAACUGAAAGUAAUUUAUUUAAAUAUGGAUAAUUUAUUAGUGCCUCUAAGAAAAAGCUGUAUAGAGCAGCACUUCUAUAAGUAGAGCAUGUUAUUUUUCAAAUCCUAUUUUGUUAAAAAAGAAGAGUAGAUAACUCAAAAAGUGGUCUUAAAAUAGUAAGGGCAGGUAACUCUAGCAUAUUUGUAUUUAAGACUGGUUCUCUUGUAUGAUAGACUGGUUCUAAGAUGAAUUUGAGUUUUCAGAUUGGUCAAUAUUGGCAGUAAUUAGUCCAAUGUUGACCAGUUGCUGACUAGUAAGGGUAGGUAACUCAGACAGUUAUGUGACUUAUAAACAGCAAACGUUGUGUGCGUCAAACUUUGAUACCGGUGUUUUGAGGAAAGAAAUAUUCUUACAGAAAAUGUAUUUAUUGUGAGAUCUGUGUUGUCCAUCGAUUUUAUUUAUGUUGAAGAUCUGUGGAUGUGGAUAAUCUGAUCAGAAUGUGAAUGGAGAAUUUGGUUGAUCAAGUCGUUUACAGUAAGAAAAUAACGAGUCGAAUUUAUAAAUCCUGUUUUUUUUUGUACAUGUGAAACUACAUGUCUUCUUUCUUUCUUGUACGUAUUAGUGUUCCUAUAUCUAAAAGAGGUUCAGGCAUGUCCAUCCCACGUCCAAUCUGGCAGGCAGACAGAAAUCUACAUGCUAAAACACCUGCGUUUAAGAAAAACAGGCUUCAUAAAUUCGGCCUGUAUUUAUUUAUACCAUGACAAAUAAUUAGCUAAAAUUAUUUUCUCGUACAAUAAUUGUUUUUUGUUGUUGUCAUGAAACACAAACUUUUUGUUGUAUCGCAUUUCAAAAUAUAGUGUAACAAAAGCAACGUUUACGACUAUAGUAAUAUGACUUUAAUUAAGUUGACCUGUCUGUGCCAAAUUGAAUACAUUGAUUAUGAACAAAAUGAAUAUAAGUCAUGAAAGUCGGGCAUCGAUACAAGCAUUGUGUCUGGUAGCUACAUUCGACAGUUCAGAUACAUAUAUUCGAAGCUAUCUUAGCACUUUGAUAUCAUAAAACCGGUGUAAACUAUAACGUCACUACAACACAUGCCAUAGUGACAUCAUAGCCUAUAAUGGUUUUAAGAUAAGGUGUUAAGAUAGCUUCGAAAAUAUGUGCCCUAGUAACUUGUAGGUUAUAACACAUUUAUAUUUCCAUUGUUAUUAUUACUAUAAAAAUUCCUUCAGAGACACACUGAUACUUUAAUAUUGUUUUGUGUCACUGUUCUGGUACUGUAUGCGUAUCCAAAUAACACUGAACUGAUUAAAACUUUGGUUGUGUAAUUUUCAUUUAAUGAGAUUUUGUGAAGAACAAAGUAUUGUUCUCGACUUCCUUGACAUACCUCCUGGUAACCAGAACGAUUGUUUUCGAUGUGUAUUGAUGAUAACGUCCUGGUAACCAGAACGAUUGUUCUCGACGUGUAUUGAUGCCUGAAAAUGGUUAUACAACUACUCUUUAAUGAAUUGAAUGAACAUAUUGAGGGUUAAGGUCAACAGAUCAACAAUGUGAGAAAAGUACAAGUAGUGGAACCGGAUUUAUCUUAAAUCAGGACCCAUAUUCACAAAAUAUUGUAAGCCUAGUUUUACACGUAAACGUAAAUCUACGACUGAAGAGCUAUACACGAAACAACGAAAACGUAAGUUACG